AUGAAUGGAAACAAAGAGACUGUGGAGAUGAAGUUUUGCGGUUCAAAAUUGAGCCAAGCUAACAGUAAAGGUCAGUAUGUCCUCGGCAGUCGUACCGACUUGCUACACAUUCGGGUAUCCUCGAAUAUCACUGACGACCCAUUGAUUCUUCAAGGCUCCAAUGGAAGAUUGGUAGCUUGGGCAAGCGGCCCAGGCUGGCAAAGCAAAGACCUUUGUACACAAUGUCAAUCCGUCAAUCUGACCCAGAUAUGUUCGAAGGGUAGUCUCUACGGAACUGGCGGUACUGACGUCUUCCUACAUAUUUCUGAGACUUCCACAUGCCCUUCGUGCCGGUUCCUCACUUCACAGUUGCAUCGAAAGGAGAUUGCUGCCAAAUCACAAGAUCCAAUAACAGUGCAACUCAACAGGUCCAUCUUUGACGGAAUAGAUCACGUUGUUAUGCGACUCAAUAACCAAUUGGAAUAUAUUCUACAGAUAACUGAUAAGGAUAUGCUUGAGGCGCCAGGCAGAAUUGGGCAGUAUCGACAGGUGGAUCCGAAACAGGUUGAUUAUCACAUGAUUAGGAACUGGAUUGCCCAUUGUUGCAGCACUCAUGGGAAAUCGUGCCAGAUGCUUACAGCAAUUCCGUUGCAGAUCCCCAAGUUCAGGCUACUAGACUGCAAGGCCAAGACUGUGGUGGAGUUGACGGCGUUUGUUGAAUAUGUUGCCCUCAGUUACGUAUGGGGUUCCUCGUCUAAUCUCAACGAAAGCGAUCGAGCCGUCAUGUCUAAGGCUGUGAUCAAAGACGCCAUUUAUGUCACAAUACAGCUCGGAUUUCGAUAUAUAUGGAUUGAUCAGCUGUGUAUUGAUCAAACAAACACUCAAGACAUGAACUGCCAGUUGGGUCAGAUGAAUACUAUCUACAACCAAGCCAGUGUCACCAUAAUAGCUGCCGCUGGUGAGAGUUCAUUGCAUGGUUUACCCGGUGUAGGGCAAUGCCCCCGUACGAUUCCAAACACCUUCACCCUCAACGGAACGACGUGGAGAUACAAGCCCAUAGCGUUUACAAAUCACGUGGGCGCCUCAAAAUGGUCAACUAGGGGUUGGACAUACCAGGAAGCAGUGUUCUCUCGCAGGUGCGUCAUCUUUGCUGAUGAUCAGGUCUUCUACCAAUGUGGAAGCAUGACCUGUGCCGAGGAAUUGAUACAUGACUUUGAAAGCUGCGAACGUGUAGUUUUCCCUAUCUUUGAGCGUAUUCUAUACGAAGACUCAGAUAGCGGGGUAUAUUUACCAAGUAGCUGGAGAUUCAUGACAAACCUGGAAGCAUACUCCAAGCGUGAACUUACAUACGACUCUGAUGUGCUGAGAGCAAUGGAGGGCAUUUUCGGCUUCUAUGCCCAGCUAGAACCAUCAGUAGAACAGUACUGGGGUCUGCCACUACGAUGGGUUGGCUGUCAACUCUCAAACCUGGAUAGGAAAGAUGUUUACCAUGUUGCAAAAGCGAAGUAUAAUGAUGUCGUGGGCGCUCUUCUCUGGGCAAUGCUAUGGGAGCCACGGUGGAGUGAAAUAGACAUUCCAAAGACUGGAUUUGCCAAGAGGGACGGCUUUCCAACAUGGUCAUGGUCUGGCUGGAAAGUCGAAGUGAGAUGGAACUUCUUGGACAACGCCGAGCAUUUAGAGAAAAGCUUCACAGUGCCUGUAUUUGCGGAAACAACAGCAGGAGGACUUGUGGAACUCAACGACACACUUGCACGGUCGCUUGCUUCCGGUCAAUCUUACCCAACUUUGGGGUUGACCUAUAUCUUGAGAAUCACUACCAAGGUUUUCGAUGUGUCUUUCAUGGAACUCGCGCCCUAUAGGCCCACAAGAACCUGGGCAAAGAGCAAUUCAUUUCCUACCAGACGCAAAAGCCAGCACUGGGUCACCAUGGAUGAUCACUCCCUUGAAGGCAGAUGGACUCAUUUUGUUGUUCAAAAGAGCAUUGGGACGCCUCAAAGAGGGAUUGUGUGGUCGCUCGAUCUUACAAGUGGCGGGGCGACAAGUGCUUCACACCUCGCUUUCGGCACCGACACGAUCAGCCUCAAUCCCAUGACAGUCCGAUGUAUAGUCAUCAGUUACGAUUAUGGGAUGAUUGUGCAGUCUAGCAAUGGCAUCUUCAAGCGAGUCGGGCUGUUGCGUUUCGAGGGCGAGUUCUUCGAGAAUGGCCUAGUAAGUACUGAUGAAUACGGCCAUCGCGACGACACCGUAACAUGGCCAUGGACCGACUCGGUACAGAGCAGAGAUCUCAGAGACCACUUUCCAAGUGUUGUGCGGACUGUACGCCUAGGCUAG